AUGUCUGAUGUGGUUUCCGAAACUCCAAUGGCAACCCCAGAUGAGAACAUGGGGCAUGGCACGAGUAACCCACAGGGAGGAUCAGCACAAUGCAACGGAACAGCAACGCACGGCCCCCACUCUUCGAUGGAAGACCCUUGUUCCCUGCCGGUAGCUGAAGAGCUAGCCAGGUGGCUUGUCGCUCAGAUUCAGUUGCCUGGCUUCGUCGCAGAUGAAGACUGGACCCCGGAGCACACGACGGAAUUCGCUAGAUUCUGCAAUGACGAGAACCGCAAGCAGUGGUUUCUAUGGAUAAGCAAGCCUUCAUGCAGAACUCCACCGAACCUCAAGGAAGAAGGUGAAUCCGUUAUGGAAAGAUGGCGCUCUGCUAGGCUCUCGUUUAGCGAUGAACUUCCUGCACACUGCAUCGGCUCAAUGCUGCAGCAGACAACUGCUGAGGAGCCUAGUGGAAAUGGAUUGGUUUUUGUCGGGAAGCGAAAUGGGUUGGUGAGGCACCGAAAUGCGGAGGAGCAGCUGCUGUGCCUUUCAUUCCACGGCGACGUUCUUUCGCGUCUUGCUGCCGUCAUUCGCGGUGUCCACAUCCCGGUGCUCGGAGACAACCAUGCUUGGCCACAAAGCUUCAAAAGAGAGCUUUUAAGAAGGUUGAGUAACUAUGUCGGCCGCAUGACGGACAUAGUGCAUCGUGCCCAGGGAUGCGCUAAGCUUGUCCUUCCAUUGGAGGACCUUGGAGAUACUGAGGGAUGCCUAUGCGAUCGGGACCUGGUACAACGGCUUGAGGCACUCGUCGUGUGUUGGACACGGCAAGUGAAAGAAAUUCUAGCGCUGCAGGACGGUCCGGAGGGGGCAGUAGAAUCAGGGCACCUCGGGGAAAUUCAGCGGUGGACCGAGCAUGCUCAGAACCUAGCUUCACUUCUUGAGCAGUUUCAAGAAGAAUCUUUACACUCUGUGCUCAAGAUAUUAAAUGCGGCGAAGUCAUCUUACGCCAAGCCAUUUCAAGCUGCACAGCAUGAGGUUGCUGUUGCCGCACACUUAGCGGAUGAAAACUUGAAGUUUCUGGAAGUGCUUCGAGGGCCUUGUCAGGCUUUACGAGAAGCUGAUUCAACGCAGAUACCUCGAGUAGCAACUAGACUCCUGAUGGCUGUGCGAAUCGUUGCAACACACAGCAAGUACUACACGACUCCCGAAAGGAUUGGUGGCCUGCUGCGGAACAUCGCGGGAGAAAUUAUUCGGCGAGGUCAGGCCUCAAUAAAUGUUGAUUCUAUAUGGUCUGGAAAUGUGGCGGAGCCUAUGGAAAGUCUGAGGAACGCGGUUCAAUGCGGGUUAGCUCUAAACAAGAUUUUCAGCCAGCUUUCUACGUUGAUCAAGGCGGAGGGAAAGGCUGUAUGCAGUUGGGACUUCGCAGACGGCGCGGCGUUUGCAGAGAGCGACGCCUUUGUACAGAGAUGUAGCGACCUGUUGGACGUCUGCCAAGCCCAGCUCCAGUUCAACCCCACAGUUCAGUUAAGGCAGCAUGAGGCAACAGUGUCCUCUAAGGAGGAAUUCCAGACGAAAGCUCAGCAGAACAACGUUCAUCAAAAUCAACUACCAUUUUUUGGUGCAUUUCAAACUGAGUCAAUUCGCUGCAACAUAAGAGAUAUUCAAGAAACAUUUGGAAAAUCUCUCUCGAGGUUGCGUGCAAUGGGACGCAGCGUGCUCCAUGUUAAAGCUACUAACUGGCAUACUGAAUACGCUCUAUUUAAGGAGCAGGUUCGUGACCAGGAAUGCAUGUAUACGAACGUUAUUGCGACUGCUUUUAAACGAGUUGCUACAGUUGAGGAAGCGUGUGAGAUUUACGAUGGCUUUAAAGUUCUGGCGAAACGACCGAAGAUCCAGAGAUUUUUGGAGAAGAAGGCCGGGGAGUCUUUACUCGCCAUCAAAAAACAGUUUGAUAAUCUAAAAAGAUCUCGGGCGGCUUUUUUGGUGACAAGAGUGCUCCAUCCAAACAAAUCAGGUGCUGCACUUUGGUGCCGAGGAGCCGCCAUAUAUUUGCAGCGCAAGCUGCAGACUCUCCGUAGAGUCGCUUUGCCAGCAGACGGAAAGGACGCUGAGCAAGCGCUGGAGCUCUUUGAAACUGUAACAAGCAUGCUGCAGAAAUUCGUGGAGAAAUCUUUUCAGGAAUGGCUACAGGAUAUCGAAACCCUUCAUCCAUCUGGGCAAGCCAGCCAACCUUCUGAUCUCCCCCAGUUUGGCUGUGACAUUUACAUUCUAACCAAAGGACGAGGCGGUGGGCUAGAGCUGAAUUUUGACAAAGGGCUUCAGCGGGUUUUGCAAGAAGCUCGCUUCUGGCAGUGCUUGCAAGACCAGACUAUCCGGCUUCCGUUUUCUAUCCUCGAGAUAAUGAGGCACCAGGACCGUCUAUUCCUUCUCCGGCAGCAUGUGUCAAAAAUUCCCGAAGAGCGACGUCUGUUCCAGCAUCAUUUUGGCGCCCUUGACAAAAAAAUUGCCCCAGGAAUCCAGAAACUGACAUGGAAUUCGAAGGGUAUUAAGGAGUUUUUCGUGCGUGACGUAUGGAAGGACUGCCAAGAAGUUUCCGAAUACGUGAAUCGUUUUCAAUCUGCAAAAAGAGCGAUUGCUGGAAUUAUGGAGGCGGCAACCCAUGUGCGCCUAAUAUGCGUCGACAAGAAAAGCACACGGGAACUUGAAGACUUCCUCUGUCAACAAACUGAGAUCCAUACAGCUGCUCUACGACUCUUGAAAGAUCAUUACAACGAACUUUUGGGCAAUAUUCUUAGGGUUCAAGAGCUGUUCAAGGAGCAGAACAAAGAUGUACAAAGAGAAUGGGCAGCAUUUGUUGAUAGAAUAGACGCUGAAUGGCGGGAGACACUGAGAAAAAUUGCCCGAAUGUCUCUUCAGGAGCUUGCGACAGCGCUCUACCCAAAAGAAAGCAAGCGGAAUUCCGUUGAUGCGUAUCCAAUGCUGCGGAUUUUUGCCGUGCUUUGCCUUGACGAGGUGGAUGGGAACUGCAGUCGGAUGAUGUUUGACCCACCAAUGGAUAAAUUGAAGACAACAAUGGAAAGGGUCUGCAGCGACGCCAUCCAAACACUGAGCUACUUGCCCAAACUGUCUGAAUCAUUGGAGGAAGGGUGA